GGCCUCGAGUCACUCUUCUUCUCUCUCUGGAAAAGCUAACCAAACAAUAUUUCUUUAAGCUUCCCUUUUACUGGGGAGUGUUUUUGCACCUUCCAACUCUUUUCAAACCAUUUGCUCUCAUUUCCCUUAUGUUUCAAGCUUUGACAUUUCUUUGAUCUUUGUUUCAUUCACAAGGUUAAAGUAGAGAAAACAUAUACUUAAAUGAUCCCUGAUUGAAGAAUGGGCUGUGUUGCUUCGAGGAUCGAUAACGAAGGGAGGGUUCGGGUUUGUAAGGAGAGAAAGAAGCUUAUGAAACAAUUGGUGGGAUUUAGAGGAGAAUUUGCAGAUGCUCAGUUGGCAUAUUUGAGGGCAUUGAAGAACACUGGUGUGACUCUUAGACAGUUUACCGAGUCGGACUCGUUAGAACUUGAUAAUACCUCUUGUGUCCAGACAUUGCCUCCCUCUCCGUCUUCUCCGUUGCAUCCACCUCCGCCGCCACCUUCUUUUAGUCCUGAUUUGAGAAAGCCUGGUGACAAUCUUAAGGUAGAAGCUGCCAAAGAAGAAGGCACAGAGAUCACUCUGGAUGAUUGUUCUACCCCACCACCUCCUACUGCAAGCUCAUCAUGGAACUAUUGGGACCUUUUCGAGUCUAAUUCACCUAUCCAUAAUCCGAGACAGAGUGAAACGAUAGAAUCAGUUCAGGAGGAAAGUUGGGCAGAGAGUAAGAUGGAGUUUGAGGAUGAAGAUCCAGGAGAGUUUGUCGAAAAUACGACCAUAAGUCCUCUCCCUGAGAGGCCCAACCCUAGGGAAAUCGUCGAUGAUAGCUCGUCAAUGAUGAGCUGGUGCGAUAAAGACUCUACAGAUGUGUCCGUGCUAGUAUCGAAGAACAAGAAGACUUUGGAGGGAAUUACAAAGGAGCUGGAUGACUACUUUUUGAAAGCAUCAGCUGGUGGGAAGGAAAUAGCUGUUUUUACAGACAUUAAUGUAGGAAACAAUUCUCUUCCAUGGAAACUCAAUGAAAACAAAAGGAAGAGGAGCAACUCUGCUAAGGUUUUUAGUGCAUUGUCAUGGAGCUGGUCUUCUAAGUCCCUUCAGCUUGCGAAAGAUGAUUUUCAGUGUGGAUCUAGUGAGCCGUGCAAGCCUGGAGCUCAUUGCAUUACUCUCAAUAAGCUAUAUUCGGCCGAGGAGAAGCUUUACAAGGAAUUGAAGGAGGAAGAAAAUACCAAACUGGAGCUUGAAAAGAAAUUUAUGUUGCUGCAAAAGCAAGACGAAAACCAUGACUGGACCAAGACCGAGAAAGUCCGAUCGAGUGUUGAGAAUCUGGAGAAUGACAUGACACGCCUGCAACAUUCUAUAAGUGCAUCCUGUUCAUCUAUAUUGGAGCUCAUUGAUGAGGAGCUUUAUCCGCAGCUGGUCGCAUUAACUUCGGGUCUGAUGGAGAUGUGGAAAAUGAUGUACAAAUCUCAUAUGUUCCAGAACCAUAUUUCACAGCAGUUGAAUAAUCUCACUGAUAAAAUAAGCAUGGAUCUGACUACUGAAUCCCGCCGCCAGGCUACGGCUCAGCUUCAAACCGAGAUUUCCUUUUGGUAUUAUAGCUUCUGUAAGCUCAUAAAAUCUCAGCAAGAGUACGUAAGAACACUCUAUCGGUGGAUCCAACUUACAGAUUGCCUCGUAAACGACCAGCAGCAGAGUCAUUACUUGUAUGCAGUUCGUAGGCUCUCCGAAGAAUGGCAGCAUGGUUUUGUAAAAUUACCUGAUAAGGCGGCCUCAGAGACCGUUAAAAGCUUUCUGUUGGCAGUCGAAUCUAUAAUCCAACAGCAGGCCGAAGAGCACAACCAGCAAAGAAAAUUCGAGAAACUCGAGAAAAGGUUGCAGAAGGAGUUAAUUUCACUGGCUGAGAUGGAGAAAAAGGUCGAGGGCGAUGUGAACUCCAUGCUGAGCCCCAAGCAUCCUUUAUCGGUUAAGCGUGCGAAAACCGAAGUCUUAAAGAAGCGGGUUGAUACAGAGAAGGCCAAACAUCUAAACUCAGUCCAGGUAAGCAAGGCCAUGAUUUUAAACAGCUUGAAGACUAGCCUUCCCAACGUAUUUCAGGCAUUAAUGGGACUCUCAAAAGCUUGUGUUCAAGUCUUUGAGGACGUUCACAUCCGUUCACAGCCGGAAGAAACUCCCCAGACCUCGGAGAACUCGACAAACUGAUUUUGAUUGAACGGUGUUGAAAUUGUAUGAAAUGUUUUGUGCCGGGAUUUGUUGAGUCUAAGCAAAGGUCUUGCUAUUCGAGAUAAUGAUAAGUAUGAGUUUGGACAGGUUUCAAUCUUCAACAUAGCACAUUAUCCAUUUUGAUGCAGGGCUUGUUUUCAAAGC